ACAAACAAGAGGGCACCGCCGUAAGAGUUUCCGGAGAAAACAGAUCGGACGAAUGAGCUUGAAGAUGAGCUAAACAACAUAGAGGACAAAACUUCGAAAGCGAUCAAGAAGGAAGAGAGGUUAACGAUGAGCGAAGGCUCUAGCGGAGAAGUGAAUAGCACGGUGAUGGAAGAGAAAUCGGAACAGAGAGGGGGAGGAUCUCUUGCGAAAGGAAGGUCGUGCAAAGGAUACCUUUACUACUCAUCCACUCUCAAAUCCAAGGACAAGAACCCUCGCUGCGUCGGCAUCCCUCGUACUCUCCGUCAAGUUCCUGAUUACGUUGUUGGACAAUCUGAAGCUGAAGCUUCUAAAGAAGGGCGUACCUUGGCUGAUUUUUACUAUGGAUGUUUGGGUUAUUCUGUUUACAUGACUGAUAAAGACUCAUCUACUGCCAUGAAGCAGCAAGCCAAGACCCAACUUCCCGUUUGUCUCGGCCUUGAGAUACUAGCAGAUAGAAGAGCAGCUUCAAGCAACACUUCAUCUAUUCCUGCCCGCGCUCACAACAGAAAUGAUUCUCGGGAGGUGCCCCAGCACCAGAACCAUAGACCAGCUUCAACCCCAAUCCCAAAACCAACCCCAGCCACUGCCACAAACACUGAAAACGGCUUCGUAUCGAGGUUUACAAGGAAUGCUAACCUGGUAGCAGCAGGGGUGAUGAAGAACUUGAAGAGAGUGGGUAACUAUGUGAAAGAGCAUUUGGACGACUCCUUGGACGAUCAUCGAAAGCGACCUAAAUAAACAAAUCUAUGUUACAUCAAAAUGUGGAGAGAAACCAAAAAAAAAAAAAAAAAGCACAGGUGACAGUCAACAAGAUAUUAUGAGUGAUUUGACACUUUUUGGAAACUCCUUUUGGAUUCUCAUAAUAAAAAAGCAACAAAAAAAAAAGAUGUAUUGAUAUUAUCUUUUUACAAUUACUAGAACUAUAAUGUGUUUACCUUC